AUGGGGCAGCUUCCAUCGCAGGACAUUUUGGCACUGCUUGAGUUCAAGAAAGGAAUUAAGCAUGACCCGACCGGUUAUGUGCUUGAUUCAUGGAAUGAGGAGUCUAUAGACUUCAAUGGGUGUCCUUCUUCAUGGAAUGGGAUAAUGUGCAAUGGUGGUAAUGUUGCUGGCGUUGUUCUGGAUAACCUUGGAUUAUCCGCCGAUGUGGAUUUGGGUGUAUUUUUGAACCUCACCAAGCUUGUGAAGCUCUCUAUGUCAAACAAUUCUAUAACUGGGAAAGUUCCCUACAAUAUAGGUGACUUCAAAAGCCUUGAAUAUCUUGAUAUUUCUGACAAUCUGUUCUUCUCGUCCUUACCUCCACAAAUUGGGAAUUUGGGGAGAUUACAGAACCUUUCAUUAGCUGGGAACAACUUCUCGGGCUCAAUUCCUGACACCGUUUCAGGGCUUGCCUCAAUUCAAUCUUUGGAUUUGAGUCGAAACUCCUUUUCUGGGCCACUGUCACCAGCAUUGACGAAAUUGACAAAUAUGGUAUUGCUUAAUCUCUCCCUUAAUGGAUUUACAAAGGGAAUACCAAAAGGGUUUGAGCUGAUGGCAAAUCUUGAGGUGCUUGACUUGCAUGGCAAUAAGUUUGAUGGUAAUCUAGAUGCUGAGUUCUUGCUGCUUACAACUGCAACUCAUGUUGAUUUCAGUGGGAAUUUGUUAACAUGUUCUCCUUCACAGCAGCAAAAAUCUCUGUUUGGUAUUUCAGAAACUAUUAAUUACUUAAAUCUUAGUGGCAAUCUGCUUGCAGGAUCGCUUCUAAGUGGGGUUGAGCCACAGGUGUUUGAGAAUUUGAAGGUGUUGGAUUUGAGCUACAAUCAGCUUUCUGGAGAAUUACCUGCAUUCAAUUUUGUGUAUGAGCUUCUGGUCCUCAAACUCAGCAACAACAGGUUUUCUGGGUUUAUUCCUAAUGAUCUACUGAGGGGCGAUGCUUUGGUUCUAACUGAAUUGGAUUUAAGCAGCAACAACCUCACAGGGCCAAUAAGUAUUAUCACAUCAACAACUUUGCGCAGCAUUAAUGUUUCCUCAAAUGGACUCUCUGGUGAACUUCCACUGUUGACUGGAAGCUGUUCAGUCCUUGACCUGUCAAAAAACCAAUUCGAAGGAAAUUUAACCAGAUUGCUGAAAUGGGGAAACAUUGAGUUUCUUGAUCUCAGCCAAAACCGUUUUACUGGGCCCAUUCCUGAGGUCACUGCACAGUUUUUGCGUUUAAAUCACCUCAACCUCUCUCAUAAUUCGUUUAGUGGUUUUCUCCCGAAGGUUAUUGCUCAGUUUCCUAAACUCACAGUUCUUGAUCUCAGUUUCAACCAAUUGGGUGGUCCUCUUCUAACUACUCUACUAACAUUGUCCACAUUGCAAGAACUUCACCUUGAGAACAAUAUGCUUGUUGGAAGUGUUGAGUUCUCUCCUCCUUCCUCCAGUGAACCUGAGCUUCGUGUUCUUGAUCUUUGUCAUAAUCGGUUUAAUGGGUAUUUUCCUGAUGGAUUCAGGUCAUUGACUGCACUUCAAGUGCUCAGUCUUGCGGGGAAUAAUUUUUCAGGCUCUCUCCCUACUUCAAUGGGUGACAUCAACUCCUUAAGUUCAUUAGAUAUCUCCCAGAAUCAUUUCACUGGUCCACUGCCAAAGAACUUACCCAACAGUCUUCAAAGCUUUAAUGCAUCAUACAAUGAUCUCUCUGGUGUUGUCCCAGAGAAUUUGAGAAAGUUUCCACUAUCUUCUUUCUACCCUGGAAAUUCUGAAUUACAAUUUCCAAAUGCCCCUCCUGGAUCAAGCAAUGUUCCAGCCAGGAAUCCAAAUAGGAAACCAAUCAAAACUAUUGUGAAAGUAAUAGUGAUAAUUAUUUGUGUGGUCACUGUGGUUAUUCUGAUACUUCUUGCGGUCUUCAUUCAUUACAUACGCAUAUCAAGGAGACCUCUUCCACAACAUGUUACAAGUAAAGAUUUUCGGCGGCAAGCCCCAUCGAAUCCUUCUGGCUUUGCUGGUAGAGACAGUGCUGGUGGUUUGGUAGUUUCAGCUCAGGAUCUUAUGGCUUCAAGGAAAGGAUCAUCAUCUGAGAUAAUUAGUCCUGAUGAGAAGAUAGCAGCAAUAACCGGAUUCUCUCCAUCCAAGAAUAGCCAUUUCUCUUGGUCACCAGAGUCUGGAGAUUCAUAUACUGCAGAAAACCUCGCCAGGCUGGAUGUCAGGUCACCAGAUCGAUUGGCUGGUGAGUUGUACUUUCUUGAUGACACUAUUUCAUUUACACCUGAGGAACUAUCAAGGGCCCCAGCUGAAGUCCUAGGGAGGAGCAGCCAUGGGACUUCUUACAGGGCGACACUGGAUAAUGGUGUGUUCUUGACUGUGAAGUGGUUGAGAGAAGGGGUGGCAAAACAAAGAAAGGAUUUUGCUAAGGAGGCUAAAAAAUUUGCAAACAUCAGACACCCAAAUGUUGUAGGGUUGAGAGGGUACUAUUGGGGGCCCACCCAGCAUGAGAAGCUCAUUCUCUCAGAUUACAUAUCUCCUGGAAGUCUUGCAAGUUUCCUCUAUGAUCGUCCUGGAAGAAAAGGUCCACCACUAACCUGGGCCCAGAGGCUCAAAAUAGCAGUUGAUGUUGCACGUGGCCUGAAUUAUCUCCAUUUUGACCGUGCCGUUCCUCACGGUAACCUCAAAGCAACCAAUAUACUGUUAGAUGGGCCUGAUCUUAAUGCGCGUAUUGCUGACUACUGCCUCCACCGCCUCAUGACGCAAUCGGGCACCAUUGAGCAGAUUCUUGAUGCUGGUGUGCUGGGUUAUCGUGCUCCAGAGUUGGCUGCUUCCAAGAAACCACUGCCCUCCUUCAAGUCAGAUGUUUAUGCCUUCGGAGUCAUUCUGUUGGAACUCCUAACAGGAAAGUGCGCUGGUGAUGUCGUUUCUGGUGAAGAUGGAGGGGUUGAUUUGACAGAUUGGGUGAGGCUGAGGGUGGCAGAAGGCCAUGGGUCGGAUUGUUGUGAUGCUGCAUUGAUGCCUGAGGUCGGGAUUCCAGCCACAGAAAAGGGAAUGAAGGAGGUCCUUGGUAUUGCUCUACGAUGUAUACGCUCUGUAUCUGAGAGGCCAGGCAUCAAAACCAUAUAUGAGGAUCUUUCAUCUAUAUAAAUCUGUUAGUUUCAUCUUGCUGAACUUAGAUCUGAGGUUUCAAAUAGCUCAUUGGCCUCCCUUUUUUGAGUAGUUCAGUUUGUCAUCUUAGUGUAAAUGAGCAAAUUUGAUUGACCAUGGUUGUAAAGUUUGGG